AAAACUCGUUAUUUCAGAUUAACAGAAUGGCCUAAUUGACUAUUUUGAGUUAGCUUUGUAAAUCAGUGAUAUUUGUUAAAAGUGAUUUCUGUCUAGGUAGAUUAAUCUUCUGGUUUAGAAAGUUCUGUUGGUCCGUUAAAGAUGGCGAAGAAAACUUAUGAUCUUCUCUUUAAACUGCUUUUAAUCGGAGAUUCUGGUGUGGGGAAGACAUGUAUACUAUUCAGGUUUUCUGAGGAUGCUUUCAACACGACGUUUAUAUCAACAAUCGGUAUUGAUUUCAAGAUUAAAACAAUCGAACUCCGGGGGAAGAAGAUAAAGUUGCAAAUAUGGGACACGGCAGGGCAGGAAAGGUUUCAUACGAUUACGACCUCCUACUACCGAGGAGCUAUGGGUAUAAUGCUAGUAUACGAUAUUACCAACGCCAAGUCAUUCGAUAAUAUCGCCAAGUGGCUGAGGAACAUUGAUGAACAUGCAAAUGAGGACGUUGAGAGGAUGAUCCUCGGGAACAAGUGCGAUAUGGAGGACAAGCGUGUUAUAAGUAAGGAGAGAGGAGAUGCUAUAGCAAGAGAACACAGUGUCAGGUUUCUAGAGACGAGUGCUAAGACGAAUGUAAAUGUAGAGACUGCGUUUAUUCAGCUUGCAGAAUCUAUAUUAGAGAAAACUAACGUCCAGGAGGUUAAACAGCAGCAGCUUUUCCCACAGCAGCAGCAGCAGUCAUCAGGCAGAUGUCCGGGCUGCUCCCAAUAAGAAUAGAAGCUGCUCUUCGGGAUGCUGAGUCUUCAAGUAGCCGCCAUUGAGAGAAGCUAUGAUUGUUCACAAAGAAGCUACUUUUAGAUGCUCUAAUGGAUUUAAAUGAAAAUCUUAUCCCAGUUUAAGCUGCUUAAUGUUAAAUCAGCUUCUUUCAAUAACUGGGUUUCUUAUUGUAUAUUUAUAAAAAGCUGUUGGAAAUUAUUUAUUUGAUUUCGAUUUUGAUUAGGUGUUCAAAUUAUAAACUAAUAUUAAAUAUAGGGGUCUCAAGAAAUUCUAUUUUCCUUCUUUAAAUUAUUUUUUGUUCAGUUUCUUUAUCCCUGUUUGUGUUUAUACUCAUUUCCUUUCUAUUCAUAAAUAUUUCGACUUAUCCGUUGCAUUUUAACAAUAUUCUCUUCCUUUCGCUUUACAAAAUUACAAUAUAUUCCAGAUUUCAAAUAUCUUUAUUUUAUUUUAAAUUUAUUUUAUUUCAUAAUAUCAUAUUCCCAAGUUUUCUCUGAUAUCAUGUUACCCACCUAAAUCAAUAUUUUCCGCGAUUUUAUCAAUUUAAAAGUAUAAUUUUAUGGAUUUCGUUACAAGAACAUUAUCUGCUUAUUUAAAAACAAUCCAAAGUCCUAAAGCUAGUUUAAAGUCCUUCAUCUUGGUGAUUUUUGAAAUGUCUAAACUAUAUUUAUUUGAUUUUUAUUAUUCAUGUUGCUUCAUGCACGCUUGGGUCAUAGUUAGGUGGAUUGACAAAGGUUUAAGUAGUUAGUAAAAAGGUGAUUAAAAAGAUGGUAUAUAUAUAUAUAUACUUUGUUAGAAGAAUGUAUCUUAAUUUUCCACCAAUUUGUUUCUUUCUACGAUAAUUAGUUAACACGCACAAAGAUUUAAUGAAUUCCAAGUGCAAGUUGUUCCAAGGCCCUUGAGAAAAUAUUUAAUGAAUUUAAUCUUUUUUUUUUACUGGAAUAUGGAUGUAAACCAGAGCUUAACAUAUUCAAUAUUGAAACUUGUUCUAAAAUUGGUUUCUUUAUCCUUCAAAGAAACAAUUUCUGCAUUAAAAGCGGAAAAGACGUUUAAUGUUCUAAAAUUGGUUUCUUUAUCGGCCAGAGAAAUAAUUUCCUGCACAAAAGUUUUAAAAGCGGAAAAGACGUUUAAUUAAUAGAAAAGAAGGUUCCUUGGAACGGGGGACGGGGGGGGGAUAAUUUACCCAAAAGUUUCGAUGACCUUUUGUGCUUACUUCAUGUCUAAGAUUUUUAAAAUAUAAAUGAAGUCCGCAAACAUAUUUUUUGUGAUUAAACUUUUAGCUGAUUACCAGGUAUUGAAGCAAUAUUUAAAAAGUAAUUCCCCUCCCCCUUUUUUUCUUGCACAAAUGUUAAUCAAAUCGGUAUUUAAAAAAAUAUUUUUUUUCGUUUCAUCUUUCACAAAAAUCAGUUUCCGUUCUGAUUUGUCCACAGAUUAGUCACAAAGUGCUUAUGUUCAUAUUCGUGUUAUUUUUAUACUUUGACAAAUUUUUGAACUUGAAGGGGUUGUUCACACUUUUUAGAUGUAUUUUCUAUUAAAACAUAUAAAAAAUGCUAUAUCUAUAUAUAUAUCCGUUACCUUUCCGUAUAUAAUCCUCGUUGACGUGUUAAAUUCUCAAAAUUGUGAGCUGUCCCUUUAACAUUGUCUGGUUGCUUCAGA